AUGCAGUCAUCCGAAGCAAUUGACACUGAACCAAAAACCAUUUCUCCCGUUCCCGAGGGGCGUCCUGUACUUGUAUUAGAUCUUGAUGAAACAUGCAUUUAUUCUACACCAGCUAAACCAGAAAAACAACAAAAUUUUCCAAUCAGAAUUAAGAGAAGGAAUGUUUUUAUUCAAGUAAGACCAGGAAUGCAAGAGUGUAUUCGCAGAUUAUCCGAAAAAUAUGAAAUUUUCUUUUACACAGCAUCGACUAAAAUAUAUGCCAACAAAGUUAUCGACGCCAUUGCUCCAUUUGUUGAUAAUGAACAUCGUUUCUUUGUUUCUCGCGAUCAAUUGAAAGAUUUAACUCUUAUUAAUCGUCCACUUGGAAAAGUCCUUCUUUUGGACAACUCUGCAUGCAGUGCUCAGAAAAAUAACUUACUUCUCAUAAAAACAUGGAUCGGCGAUCCAAACGAUAACGCAUUUACAAAUGAAGUCAUGCCACUCCUCGACAAUCUUGUUAAGGAGAGUGACAUUCCAUCUGCUUGCCGUAACCUUGUAUCUUCAAGAAGAUAUCCAUCCUUAUACGUAAUUAGAAGCUGA